AUGUUGUCCCCUAGAGAAGAUGAUGAUGACGACAGCCAUCUAUGCAUUAAGUGCAACGCUACAAUCGUCGGUUUGGACAAUUAUGUAAAACAUAGAAAGCAGAGAUGUGGAAAACUAAAACCUCAUGAUCCAAAAGCAGACCUACCACCCAUCGACCACUUGGAACCGUCUUAUAGCCUCGGAGCAGAUGUGUUCUUUCAGUCUCUGGAAUUGCAAAGCAGUGUCAAGAAGACUUCUUUAUCCAGACUUACACCCCCAAUCCCGAUAUCGAAAUCCAGUUUAGAUAGAAAAACUUCUCUAGUCGUCUCAACAUCUUCUAGCAUAAUACCAAGAAUGAGUCCUCUAGAGACUAAUCUUAGAGGAGAAUACUGGAUUGGUGGGCACAGCUUAAGAAUUGGAACCAGCGAGGAUAAUCAGACAAAGCUGAUAAAUGCGGUGGCCAGUAUCAGUGGUGCAGUAAAAAAAGAUAUGCCCACUUCGCCGUACGACAUCAAUUAUGAUUACAAAGGUGACGAUGAUAGUGACGAGUCAGAGGAACUAGAAGACGAUGAUGAAGAAGACCAUCCCAGUGGGAGUAAGUGGAAACCACCGGCUAAUUAUACCGGUGGCAAAUGGCGACCGGCGUCGCCAGACAAUGAAGAUUGGGAUACGCGAGACGAACAAGAACACACCGGUGGAAAAUGGAGACCGUUUAUGCAUGAUGGUAAUGAACGAGAUGAAGAUUAUGAUGCGCCACCUCCAGGUCACACUAAAGGAAAAUGGAUACCGGGUGCUAAUGAAAAAACUCAAAUUAUGCAGACGACGAUACAGUCCAAAGGCUCUGUUCAAUAUUGGUGUGGCCCAUGUAAUAGAAGACUUGGUUCAAGAGCUAUUUACGAAAAACAUCUAAGAUCUAGUUUGCAUUUGAAGAAGGUUCUACCAGAACACGAAUUGGAGUUUGCAGGUCAUUUAAUGCCUAUUAAAAAUAUUCCAGAUAAACGGACAACACGUCCAUCAAGAUUUGUAAAUGAUAACAUUUACUUUCAACCAGAGAAAAAGAGGAAAGUAGAGAAUAAAUUGAAUGUCAAAAUAGAGAAAAAGAAACGAAAGAGAAAACCCAACUUUGUACACUGUUCUGGCUGUAAGUCGCGUGUCAGACAGCAUUUAAUGGGGAAGCAUUUAAUAUCGCAUUACCACUUCAGAAAAGCUACAGACACUAACACAACAGCAUACCAAGAUCUCAUUUUGGCCAACAUCGAUGCGAUUGUCCAUCAGUCUCCCUUUCAAUGUAGUCCAUGUAAAUUCUACACGAAUUGGUUAUCCACUUUCAUGCAGCAUUGGUUCUCUGAGGAACACGAGCAACGUUUGCAGAACAUGGAAGGCAAAUGCUGGUGUUCCUUUUGUAAAUUUGAGUGCGAAACUUCUCAAGAAAUGAUGGAACAUAUGACGAGUUCAGAUCACAGUGAAGUGGUGGCCGUCAUUAAUAGAUCCAUGCCAAUUAUUAUAAGAAAGAAAUCGGUAUUGAAGUGUGAAACUUGCUAUAAGGAGUUUCGCUACAAUAUUGAGAUGAAACGACACUGCCAGAGCACUGGUCAUCCAUUGGCAAUCACAGCAACCGACAAUUACCAGGAACUGCACAAAUGUCAGCAUUGUAAAGCGAAAUUUAAGUCUUCACUUACUCUAGCUGCUCAUUUGAAAUCUAAACACAAACAAAGAGCUUUCUUAUGUUUGGUAUGUGAAAAGACAUUUACCUCUUCUGAGGAAGCCAAGCGUCAUCGCCAGACUUCGGAACACAGGAUUAGAAGAACUGAAAACAUAAGGGUCCAAGGAGGGUCAGCCAAGGAUUUGAGCAAAAAAUGUCCUUAUUGCAUUGAGAGUGUAAUUUUGAGAAAUAUCUUGGUUCUGAAGGAUCAUAUACGAAAAGUUCAUCCAAAUAUAAGGAAAAAAUGUCCUAAAUGUGGAAUGACGUUUAUCCUAUCGCAAGAAGUGACGCGUCAUGUCAGAGACAACGCAUGUCAGUUUCGUCCCACUACCGAAAUAAACUCUUCCAUCUUCUGGAAUUGUAGUCAGUGCCUCUUCACAACUGACUCACAAGCUGAAUGUUUCUUCCAUGAAGUCCUCCACACGCCACCAAAAAGAGAACUCUAUAAAAUUAGUGACGUUGAAAAGAUUGUACAGAAGUAUCCUUGUCCCCUUUGUUCCAAAAGUUUCAAAAAAGCUUCUCUCCGUCAACAUCUGAGACAGCAUACGUUUGAAAGACCAUUUGUCUGUUCUGUUUGUGGCGCUAACUUUACUAGACAGUCAAGUUUGGUGAACCAUUCGAAGAAUGAACACGGCUCUGGAAUUACGAAGGUUAAACUUCCAGAUAUUGCGGAGACAAUGGAAGAAUUUGAAUGUGUGAAGUGCAAGACCAAAUUCAAUAACAAGAGUGCAUUGGCGCGCCAUUCGAGUAGUUGCAACCGAGCCGCCAUAACUCUUGAAUGUCCACAUGAUCAGUGCUCUUACAUCGCCACUAAAUCGAGUCAAUUAGCAAGACAUCGACGAACUCAUGGCGAGAGGAUAAAACAUCACGAAUGCCACAUCUGUUCAUUUAAGAGCGAUCAAGCAAGUCAUAUGAAGCGUCACCUGCUUUGUCAUCAAGGAGUCAAACCUUACGAAUGCCCCCAUUGUCACUUCACUUGUGGGAGCUUGGAAAACCUACGCAAACAUGUUCUUCGUAGUGGUCGACACCCUGGUUUAUAUCUAUACCACUGCCGGUUGUGUCCAUACAACACUAACACAGCGACAGAGCUUCGGGUACAUUUAACCACAGCUCAUGCACACAAAUAUGAUGCAAAGUCUGCUGUACAAGCUGUGAAGGUGCAUCUCAUGGUCAAUGAUAAAAAAGACGCUAUGUAA